UUUGACAGGUGCUGGUGGUGGUGCAUAUAUAUCGGUACGGUGCAGCUGAUGCUGCUAGCCCGCAACAUUUCCCAAGUUAGUCGAUAAUUUCAGCAUAGGCUGCGGGUAAACAAAGACAAUCUACAGCUUGAGAUGGAUGAAGAAAGAGGAGAAAAACCUGCUCGGAGAGAGUGGCCUGAUCAUACCCAUCCUCCUCUGUUUCACAUGAUCAGCAGCAAUGGUAGCAGCAGUGAUUGUGCAAGCAGCCUACCCAGUGGCUGCACCACGCCUACCACCACACCAACCCCGACCACACCCAAACCCAAGGUGGAGUACAUCUGCCGUUGGGAGUCCUGCGGAGAGGAGACGGACACCAGCGCCGACCUGGCCGAUCACGUUCGAGCAGAGCACGCCCAGAAGCAGAUCAAGAAAGGAGGGAAGAAGUUUGUGUGCCUGUGGGACGGCUGCAAGGUUUACAACACGCCUUCCAUGUCUGCCACCUGGCUUCCGAAGCAUGUGUUGACGCACUGCGGGGAUAAGCCGUUCCGCUGCGUGUUCGCAGGAUGCAACCAGAGCUAUAGGACAGAGAAAGGUCUGAUGAGGCACUGUCAGUCUCAUCUCAAUGCUGCCAAGCAGAACUCACAACAGAGAACACCAAAGAGCAAGGAGGAGAGUCCAGGCAAAGCUCUCAAGAGGAAAAGGAUGAGAAUUAGAAGAAGAUUGUCAAUGGUUUCAGCGAAGACGGAUGAUUUCUUUGAUACCCGUAUGGCUGACGCUGUUCAUCAUCGUCUGGUCGAACUCAACAUGAAGACAAAGAUAGACACUGAGGGCAGCGGGAGAUCGCUCAUCUUCAAAAGCUCUGUUGUUGGGAAAAGAACAGAUGAGAGCGGGGAAUCCAUGGUCCUCCUUCGUUGGUCACCAACUGAUGUCAUCCCAGACUCGUGGAUCAAGGAUUCGGAGCAGAAGGAUCAUGAAGAGUGUGCCAUCCCUAUCAGCAGUGUGCCUCACGAAGCCCUACACAACAUAGGACCAGGACUACUCCCUCCAAAGAGACAGAGAAAACAGAGGAGAAAAUGAGAUGGUGAAUAAACCUCCUCUUGAUAUAAGGAACUUAUGGACCUUACCUCAUGGACUACUGAAUUCAUUCACUCCCUAGGCUCACUGGAUGAAUGAUCCACUUCUAGUAUGCAAUGGGUUAAGAGUACUCAUACUCUGAUGGAUGUCAGAAGAAUAAACUCCUCUGUUCCAUCUUGCUUCUUUUAAAGUGCGAAGUUGAUGUACACAUGCCAGCUUAUCGUAUGACUUGUCCUAUUUUGUUGGUAACAGUACAGUCAACAACCAUUUGAAAGUUAGAAUGAACCCUAUCUGUACAAUUUCAUUUACUUUUGGAAUAAUGAACCUGAUAUUUUUUUACCAAAUUCAUGAAAAAGAACUUUUUUUAGUGUGAUAAACUGAUAAUUGUAUUUUCUCAUACUUGUGCAUGAAACAUUGUCCUUUCAUUGAUUCAACACCUGGCAAUAUGUAUUUUUGUUCCUGUGCACUACUAGUUGCUGUUUCUCUAUCUUGCUUCUCAGGGUGGAAUUUUCAUUUUCAUUUUUUUAAUGAAAGAAUUUCAAAGAUGUUUUAGUAAUUUUCAUGUGAAUGGCAUUGAUUAAUUCAUUAUUAAUGUCCUAUUUUAAAAUUAUUUUCCUGUAUACCACAAGAACUAGAACUGAAAUAAAAUAGGGAUUAUCUAGAAAAUUGCUUAUUUUUCUUGUUUGCAAUAUAAUACCAUCGAUGUAUGCGGUUUGCCAAAUCUAUGCUGUUCUAGUGCAAUGACUGUCCAGUUUCUGAUUAGACGGUAAUUUUUAUGUCAAAGUGAAAUUCUUGCAUCAGUCUUCAACCUAACCCACUUGCUUGAAGAUGGAGUUAUUUUAGUAUUGGAUAAUUUGUCCUGCUCGUUUUAAUAGGUUAUCAUUUGUUGUCCGUGAUGAUUUGUUUUUAAGCAACAUGUAUCAGAAGUUGUGUAAAAGAAGUGGGGGCUCACCCAUGUUACAUUUCAUUUUGAGACAGAAAAGCAUGGAUAGAUCCAUGCAAGAUAAUUUUAGACUAUGAUGAUGUUGAUGAUUUGAAUUUCUCCAUCCUGUUUUUUAUACAAAUUAUAAAAAUGAGAUUUCUUAGCAGAUAAUUGCUUUCAAAUAUUGCUAUUAUUGUUCACAUGGAUCCCAUUCUCGUUCGUAAUAGUCCAUUAUUUGAAAUCUUAUAUUGUCUUCUCCUUCACUUUCUAUUAAAUGUAAAAUGAUUUCCAUUUAUAUGCUUAUUUUUUUAUUUUUUUUAACUUUGACUUUACAACUUAGAAAUGUCUUCUUAAUGAUACCAGAAGUUUUGUAUAUAAAUUUUACAUACUUUCCAUGCGAA